UCUUAACUGUUCCCGCAUUUUCUACAUGCUUAUCUUAAUUGUUCCCGCAUUUUUUAUUUGCCUAUAUAUAUAAGUUAUUCUUCUUAACCGUUCCCACAUAUCUUCAACCUAGCUGCUGCUGUUGUCAGACUUUUCAGAUCUACAGUUCAUGGCUUCUAAAGAAAGCCUUUCAAAUAGUUCUGAAAAUUUAGGAAAAGCAAAGUGGGAUACAUUUAGUACCAAAAUGUUACUUGACAUUUGUAUGGUUGAGAUUCGUAAAUGCGGAAAACCAGGUAUUGCUUUUAGAAAUAAAAAAUGGGAAGAAAUACGUGACGAGUACAACAAGCGUGCUAAUAAAAACUAUACUCAAAAACAGCUGAAGAAUAGGAUGGACACUUUAAGAGGUGAGUGGACUAUAUGGAAACAAUUACUAGGAAAAGAAACUGGUUUAGGAUGGAAUCAUCAGAUAGGAAAUAUUGAUGCUGAUUCUGCUUGGUGGGAUGCUAAGAUAAGGGAGAAUGUGAAAUAUGCAAAAUUUCGAUUUCAAGGUUUGGAAUUUCGUGAUGAAUUGGAAUUCAUAUUUGGAGAGAUUGUGGCAACUAGUCAAUGUGCAUGGGCACCAGCUAUGGGUGUGCCAUUAGAGUCUAUUAGAAAAAAUACUACUGCAGAUGUGGCUCAUGAAAUUAUUGAAUCUGAUGAUGAACUCAACAUUGAUGAGUUAAGCCCUGUGGAAAACACUCAAUCAAAAAAUAAAAGAAAGGUUUCACCAAAUAUGGAUGAGAAAGCAACAAAGAGUAAGACAAAGGUUGGGACUGCACCAGCUAUGAGAAAAACAUUAGAACGAUUAGUCCAAGUAGCAGAAAAUCAUAAUGAACUUGAAAAGGCUGAAAUUGAAGCAACAUCUCAUGUCAAUGGAAAAUAUUCUAUUCCAACAUGUGUUUCAAUAUUAAAAAGUGCAAAGGAAGAAGGACUUUUGGAUGGGAAACAAUUUAGUUAUGCUUUAGAAAUGGUUAAGGAUGAGCAAAACAGAGUCUUACUAAUGACCCUGAAAGAUUCCAUGAAGGAUUUGAUAGAGUGGGUUCUAUACAAGUAUAAGUGAUAGAGUCUAUGGUUUAGGUUAAGAUUAAGUUUUAUAAUUUUUAUGUCAGUUGAUUUAAUGCUUUGGUUGAAUUUUAAGGUUUUUUUUUUUAUGUAUUUGCAUUCCAUCAUUUUAGUUUUUGGAUUAUAUGUUUAUGGUUGAGAAAUUUAUGCAUUUGAACUACUAUAAUGAAUAUUUAUUUGUAUUUGAUUAUGUUGUUGUUUAUAAAUUGUUCUAUAGAUGCAUUCUAAUGAAAUCAAUGGGCAUUCAAGAAAAGUUAAAAAAAGACGAUGCUCAUUUUACAAAAUAUAUUACGCUGCUGCAGCAAUUGCAAUUGAUUAUCAUAUGAAGUAUUUACUAAAGCAAGGUAACAGAUUUCUUUAUUCACAUGGAUGGAAUUGGGUUCGAGAAACUCUUAACACUCCAGGCGAAAGUUAUAACAUGUUUAGGAUGGAAUCUAAUGCUGUGCUGAAACUUGAAAAAUUAUUAGUUAGUAAGGGAUGGUUACAUCCAUCUAAUGAAAUGACAUCGUUGGAGGCUUUGACUAUGUUUCUUUGGAGUUGUGCACACAGUGAGACUAAUCGAAAUGUCCAAAAUAAAUUUGGAAAAUCAGGAGAGACUGUAAGUAGGAAGUUUGGUGAAGUUCUGGAUAGUUUAUGUUUAUUAGCUACCGAAAUUGUCAAACCUCCUGAUUUUAACUUUGUAGAAAUUCCAUCCAAAAUUAGAGAUGAUAAUAGGUAUUGGCCUCAUUUUCAAGGAUGCAUUGGAGCUAUAGAUGGAACUCAUAUUCCUGCCAUUGUUCCUACUAAAGAACAAAUUCGUUAUAUCGGCAGAAAAGGAUUUCCAACACAAAAUGUUAUGUUAGUUUGCAACUUAGACAUGUUAUUUACUUUUGUUGUUGUUGGCUGGCCUGGUACUGCACAUGAUACACGUAUUCUUUCAACUACGAUUGAAGAAAUGAAAGAUGUGUUUCCUCAUCCUCCUGAAGGAAAGUACUAUCUAGUUGAUGCUGGAUAUCCAAAUAUGAAAGGGUAUCUAGCACCAUACAAGGGUGAAAGGUAUCACAUUCCAGAUUUUAGAGCAGGAAGUCAAGCAGAAGGCAUACAUGAAGUAUUCAACCAUGCACAUUCUUCACUAAGAAAUGUAAUUGAGCGAACUAUUGGGGUUUGGAAGAAAAGAUGGCAUAUAUUAUCUGAUAUGAGACCAUUUCCAUUGAUGAAACAACAAAAGAUCAUAGUUGCAACAACGGCACUUCAUAAUUUUAUUCGAAAGUGUGGUAUUGAAGAUGAAGAAUUUAACAAAUGUGACCAUAUUCCAGGAUAUAUGAUUGACCAUAGAGAAGAAAGAAUCAAUCACGAAGACAUGGAUUCAUUUAAUCCAAGAAGACUACAAGAUGGAGGCUAUAUGGACAGAGCUCGAAAUCGAAUAGUAGCCGGGUUGGUUGGAAAUAGAAAUCGUUAGAGUUUUUGAUAAUUUAAAUUUCUAAUCAUGAAUUAUUUUCUAAAGUCUUUUAAUAUUGUUUAUGGUAUUUUUUUUUUUUUUACAAGGA